AUUAGAUUAAAUUAGAAAAUAGGUAGAAAUGAUGGAUCGAUUAGAUUAAUAUCUGGAAAAAAUUUCAAUAAGUUUAGGGAUUGGAUAGGGAUUUUUUUCUUUAUUAAUUUACAGAUUAAAUGUUGAUUAUGAAAAUAAAGUAAAUAAAAAAUGGUUUUUACUCUUCAUAUCUUCUAGUUCUUUAAAUAGUAUCAUAAUUUUUGAUGAUUUAGUUUAAACACUGGAUUAAAAAGAUUCAACAACAUUUAAAUACAAAACUUUGAUAAAAUAUGAUUCCUUAUUGUAAUUUGCAUUAUUUUAUCCCUUUUUAAGGGAAGAAUGGGUUCAAUAAAUGAUUACAUUGUAAAAUACAACUGAAUUCAUAAAAUAUCUUACUCAAAAGGAAAUGAAGCUCUAGCAAGACUAAUAUUCUUUUAACAACUUUUUCUCUCGAUAACAUGAAGAAAAACAUUUUUGGCACCAUCGAUUCGACAAUUAAAAUUUAAAAUAUUUCAAUUACUAAGCCCAAGGGUUUUCAAUGCUCUUAUUUAAUUAUUAAGUAUUAUUUAAGUUUCCUUAAAUGAAAUAAAAUUUUCUCGAAUGAUACUUCAAUUUUUAGUAGAUUUAAGCAAUUAGAAAAAAAUUGAGAAUAAAUUGAUGCUAAAGGAGCUUUUUAGUGGGCAUACUUGAUGAAAGACUUAGAUUGUGAAUUUAGAGAAGAAAGGC